UACGCUAUAUUGCCAAAAGUAUUGGGACAAUAUCAUUGUAUUCAGGUGUUCCAAUCACCUCCAUGGCCACAGGUGUAUAAAAUCAAGCACCUAGGCAUGCAGACUGCUUCUAUAAAUAUUUGUGAAAGAAUGGGUCACUCUCAGGAGCUCCGUGAAUGCAAACAUGGUACCAUGAUAGGUUGCCACCUGUGCAGUAAUCCCAUUCGUGAAAUUUCCUUGCUACUAAAAUGUUCCAUGGUUAACUUUUAGUGAUAUUAUAACAAAGAAGAAGCAGCUGGGAACAACAGCAACUGCAGAUCAUGUAAAAUGACAGAGCGGGGUCAGCGCAUGCUGAAGUGCAAAGUGCACAGAAGUCACCAACUGUCUGCAGAGUUAAUAGCUUAAGACCUCCAAACUUUGUGUGGCCUUCAGAUUAACACAAAAACAGUGUGUAGAGAGCUUCAUGGAAUGGGUUUCUAUGGCCGAGCAGCUGCAUUCAAGCCUUACAUCAUCAAGUGCAAUACAAAGCGUUGGAUGCAGUGGUGGA